UCGGCGCUCGUGUAGAGCUGUUGCGGCCCGCGGAACACUCGGCACGAGCUUGGCGCUUGUAAUACGGAUGCUAGUCGUAGUCGCUACUCGCACUCGAUAGUAGCUAGUUGGUAGUUGCCCGUCGGCCACGGCGAAUAGCGCACGGAUAUGUGCCGACUGCCGCGUGUGAGUGCCGCAGUGUAGUGGGGCAAAGGCCCAUACGUUCUUUCGAAUUUUCAUAGAAAACGGAAAAAUUGACCCCCAGAUGGGAGUGUACGAAGAGAGGGGAGCGAUGCACUGGCAACAGAGUGAGCGGUACAUAUCAUCAACGUACGAGACAGGGGCCGAACUGUCGCCAGUUGCACCAGCCACAUCCCCCGAGUCGCCACGUGACUGUACUUCAUGCCGCAAGCGGGAACCACCAGAUGAGCCACCACCGCCUUCUUCUGAAGACGCCUGUGCAGGCUGCGGAUCGCGAAUCACCGACAGAUACUACCUUCUCGCUCUAGAACGGCGCUGGCACACACCCUGCCUGCGGUGUUGCGAGUGCAAAAUGCCAUUGGACUCAGAACAAAGAUGUUAUGCUCGGGAUAGCAAUAUAUUCUGCAAGAACGACUAUUUCAGGUUAUAUGGUUCGAAGCGAUGUGGACGAUGCAACACUCCGAUCUCUGCUUCAGAGCUGGUCAUGAGAGCGAGGGAUCUGGUGUUCCACGUGCAUUGCUUCUCAUGUGCCCUUUGUAACUCGAGGCUCACUAAAGGCGAUACCUUUGGCAUACGAGAUUCAGCUGUUUAUUGCAGGCUGCACUAUGAAACUAUGCCAGAGUAUGGACCACACCUACCUAUGCCGGUUCCACCUCAGAUGUGUCCUGGACCCUACACAGGGCCACCACCGACGCAUUACCCUCCUUACCCGUCACCCGACUUUGCACGGGUCGAACCAGAUGUUCCUAAAGGCCCCUUUUUUAAUGGGGCGGCAGCACCACCUCCUCGACAGAAAGGGCGACCAAGAAAAAAGAAACCAAAAGACCAAGAUAUAAUGUCUGGCAACUUGGAUCUGAAUCCUGAGUAUUUGGAGAUGGGUUUCCGUGGAGGAGGAGGUCUGGGCUCAACGUCACGCACGAAGCGUAUGCGCACCAGCUUCAAGCACCACCAGCUGAGGACAAUGAAGUCAUAUUUCGCGAUAAACCACAACCCAGAUGCAAAAGACUUGAAACAACUCAGUCAAAAAACUGGAUUACCGAAGAGAGUUUUACAGGUUUGGUUCCAGAAUGCCCGGGCGAAGUGGCGACGCCUGGUGACAAAACAAGAAAACAAGAUGGCGGAAAAAUGCUCUCCGGACGCUUCACUGGAAAUGGACAUGUAUCAUGGUCCGAUGGGAUCUAUACAAUCGCUGCCUCCUCACAGCCCACCUUACAGUGUGAUGGGUGGACCUCCGAGUCCCAAUUCCAUGGAGUGUCCAUAGCCACAAUUUUGCGCCUUAUGAGCGUCGUAUAAUUAAAGCAAUUUAAUAACAACACGACAUGCUCUUAAAUAAUGGUGCAUUUAAUAUUGACAGCAUUUGUCAAUGUUCAUAAAAUAUAUUAUUUGAUCAAGAACUGAACUUCUAGUGAAAAUAUUUAUUUAUAUAUGUGUGAAUGGAAGCAGACAAUCUACUUAUUUGGAAAAUCAAAAUGAAUGUGUUAAUAAAUAUUGAGGCGAUGAUAUUGUGGAUUAUUGGUUGUAUAGUAGACAUUGUCAGCUGCUCCUAUUAUUGGGUUAUUUAAUAUUAUCUUAAUAUCAAGUAUAAUUUAUUGAAUCUGUUAUUUAAUAAGUGAAAGCACAUUAAUUAUUUCGCAACUGAUGAUUUAUUUGUAUGUCCGUCCACAGAAUUUUCACUGUGUACAUCUGUCAUGUUGGAAAACUAUAAAAAUAUUUGAAUAUAAUUUUAAAAUUGUUUACAAGCUAUUUUAGCUAUGGUUCCGAAUAAUGUGUAUUCUUAACUAAUUUAAUCUCCGUUACAUGAGCGCUCUAUCUUGAAUUCAAAUUUUUGUAAGUAUUAAAAAAUUUGUUUAAAAUUUUCGUUUGUAAAAAGUAUGGCAGAAAAUAAUCAUAUGCGUCUCAAUAAAACAAUUGAUCGUUUCUGGUGUAUUAUAUUCAAAUUAUGACUUUUAUUGUUUCAUUGGAAUGUAUCUUCGACAUAUUAUAUUAUAACAUAAUAAAUUGUCAUACCAUUUAUAAACUACACAUAAAAUAAGUGUGUAUAUAUUGGUCAUUGAUAAGUUAUUGUUUAGUUACAACCUUACUCAGAAACAGAGAAUGAUAAUGAACUGACAUAAACCGUAGAAAUUCCGUUUCUCUGGUAAGAGACAAAUCACGGUGCGUGAAACUUGUCUUUCUGUACAUACGCAGAAAUAGUCCGUAUAACGUGGAUUAACCGGAAUCCUAGAAUGAGACAGCAAAUAGUCGCAACGUUCUAGUUUUAUGAAAAAAGAGGUUACAAGGCCGACCUGCUAAUCAUCAGGUGGACUAACUCGCUUUUUCAGAGCUGCCCAUGCCGUAUUGACCUCGAAAGAAAGGUCCUUGAAAACCGCUCUGCUUCAGAUGGUUUGGAUGGUUUUUGAGAUUGUAGCAGUACCUAGUGCGACAAUGAAAGGUCAAUCCGCUUUUCAGAAUAUUAUUUCUAUCUUCUUCUUCUUCGCUACACUCUUGGCAGAGCGAUCGUGGUCAUCACGAAGUGACAUCUUUUGAGGCAGAUGUAAUUAUUCAAGCAUUCGCCACUUUCCCUGCUGGCUAAACGUCUGGUACACUUGUUCAAUGGGCCGCCCACAGCAGACUUAAUUUGGGCGGUCCAUCGCAAGGGCAAUCUUCCUCGCCCUCUGGUGUCCUCCACUUUGCAUUGCACGACAAGGCACUCAAUGGACUCACUCUCGCGCCAGGAGACGUUUCCGAAGAACUUAAGAAUACGACUCUGUACUAAAAUCGAAAGGUGAUGUUUUAUGUCAAGUUCUUGCAGAAUGGAGACGUUGGUUUAUUUCUAUAUCACUGUAGAAGACAGGUGUUUAUUUCUCUAGUACUGUAUCACCCGUGUUCAAUGACGUUCUAUACUUAAGAACGUCAUUGCCCGUGUUCCAUAUUAAAUACUCGACAAUAUUCCAGUUCAUUGUUUAUAUUUAUGAAAAAUUCAAUCCUUUAUUUAUAACCUGUCUUCUUACAGACAGUUAUCAAACUAGAGUAAGUAUCGUCUGUGGAUAAUAUAGAUUGUGGUGUUGUUAAACUGAACUUACUAUUCGUAUUAUUAUAUGAUGACAAGAUUUUUAGUUAGGUAUACAAUGAGAUAAUGGUCAGUGAUUUACAUUUUAUUUAGGUAAUUUGUUAUUUUCGAUAAAUCGAAACAGUUUCUAAUAUAUACUAUUUAUUUAUUAAACUAAUUGUAAUAUUUAAAUAAAACUACAUAAUAUUAUGUAUGUAAGUUAGUAGAUACGUAGAUGUGCAAAAUUUCCAUUAAACAUAAUUAUAUAAUAGAGUAAUGUAGUAUGUAUGACGCAAGUUAAAGUAAUUACUUUAAAUAAUAUGUAGACUCAAAAAACAUAAUAUUGUUACGACGUUCCACUUUGAUAAGAAAUCAAUUUAGUAAUAAAAAAUGUAAAUAACGCUAUAAUCACGUAUACAAAGAUUUUUCAGCAUCUUACAACUGACAACGUUAAUAAUCUGUUGUCUACUGUAGUGUGUGCUGUCAUUAAGCUAAUUAAGUGCACUCUGCUCUCCUUCCCGGAGUCACUUACGUGUAUGAAUAAUGAGAACACUAGAAUAAUUUUAAAAAAAUGCUUAAAACAUAUUACCAUUAGUACAGUACAUGUACCAGUCUACACUAACACGGAAUCUAAAAUCUGGUGUUUGGAUUAUGACCCCGAUGUUAAGACAAAUGUCUAGUUAAGUUCCCAAUAAAUAUACUCGAGUGUUGUGUAGUCUCCAUGUGCUAUUAUUUUUAAGUAAUUACUAUAAUUUUGUCAUAUGCAUGAUUGUAAGAACAUAAAUGACAUAUAGUUAUGUAAAUUUAAAACAAUAGUAAUAAACAUGUAUCGAACGUAUAGUUUAAGAUGUGUAUGUAGUAUAUAAUUCUCAUUUAAGUAAGCGCCCUAUUAGUUCCUUUUUUUGUAUAUUAUUAUAUGAUGUAAGUAUUCUGUAAUAUAUAACUAUAAUGGAGAUAACAUUAUCUCUUUAGUAUCUCUAGUUGAUUCUCAUAUAUUCAUUUGUUAGAGUAUAAUAAGUAUUAUAAAUGUAGAGUUUAGACGUAUAAAUUUUUUCUCUCUAUAUAAAUAUGAAAAACUCUGAGUGUGCAUGCAAACAUUUUCCCUUUUCUCAAUUAUUCAGAAGCUUUAAAAUAUCUCAAAUUGUCGAUGUUGUAAAAUACAAUACAUAGUUAAUAGUUUACAACAAACAUAUAUAAUAAAACUAACAAAUAUUUCAAUGCAUAAACGUGCAUUUUGUUGCCUAAAGAACUCUAUCUCUUCCUAAAAUGUAGUUUAAAGUUAAUGUAGUUUCCUAAUAAUAAUAAAUUUAUUUCUAUUUCAUAUCCCGGAUAGUCUUUAUAAUGUCGUAUGAUUCUUUUUGUUAGGCUGAUAAAUUAUUAUUACAUUAAAAUUAUUUGUAUUAUAAUGAACUAAGUGAUGUAGAGAUCCCCGAUUGGAAGGCGGUAUGACUAAUCAACUGUCACUAAAUAUAUAAUGAUCUGUUAAUAAAAACUAUUAAUUUUA